CCCCCCUACGAACUGUGCUCCCUCCGUCUAUUAGCGGCUUUUUUAGGUCGCUAGGGCAUAUCACCCGCAACCCGCGCUCCCGCGACGAUGCUCUGCAGUAGCGUCCUCUCAGCGUCGUUCGACCCACUAUCAUGAUGCGAAAUAUGCCUAGGUUAGGCAGGCUACCUUGUCAUGAAGGAUGAAAGAGCGUGGGGGACGCCCGCCCAGGCGUAGUGAGUUCGGCUCGAGGAAUAGAAACAAACGUCUUGCUUAGCUCAAGCAGAGAUAACGGGAGCGACAGCCACUACCUCUGAGGCUUGUGUCCUGCCAAUGAGGAACUUGGACCAAACUCAUGUCUGACCGCCAAGCGGCAUGCCGACUGUUAAGUAAUGAUAGGGACUUCUGUGUUCUGCAGGUGCGUUGCAAUACAUUUUGGCCCGCAGUUUGCAAACAUGCUGUCUUCAACCCUCCACGCCUUCGCGGCACGAUGCUGCGAUGCACUGCCACCAGAGUUGAGUGUAUCAUACGGUUGGCAGUGCUCUGCAUAAUUUGGAUCCUUCCCGACUUACGUGUCUCAGCCUACGAGGCGAAGAUUGGCGACUACUACAUAGCUCUGAUUACGACGUCUACUGUAGGCAGGCGAUUGACACACGUAUUCCGGCGUUGUUCAUUUCCCCUGAAGUGGCUAGACAUGCUGGCGGCCAUGGGUUUACCAAGCCCUGAUAAUGAAAGGGUAAAAACGAAAAAAGAAAAAAAAAGCAACGGAGCGGGUAAAGGUGGAGAAACCGUGGUAAGCAGGGGGCGGGAGGAUCCCGAGGCCGGCAAUAACCGGCGGGAAAAGCGGGUCUUCGGGCAUGUGGCUGCCGUAUCGGAACAGUCCUUAGCUAACGGCCCCGGUACAGACUGCAUUGCCUAUAGCCUCUACGGCAUGGGCAUGGUAACCCUUGGUCAAGCCAGGUACGCUCUUAUUAUUCGUGAGCUUGGCCGGAGUCUAUCAACGCAGAACUGAGUUGUUUGUUAGUGGCAGGCAGGCUUGCUUGCCUAGUUACAGCUGCAUCCAUAAUCAGGCGAGUGCAAUAGCCAAUUGCGAGUUGGGGACGAAUCGAGAUGCGACAGCGCGAUUCCCUUAGCCAAUGCGUACGUGAAAGAAAAAGGUCAUAUAGGCAAUGCUGACAGCAGGGCUUGCACACAUGCAAUGCAAAGCACCACUGACAGCGUCUCUAUCACACGAGAUAACGGUGACAUGGAACUGGGGUGGAAGGGCGAGGAAACUCACCGACUGGUUCUACUACUUACAUGGCUGCUUACACAUAGCCGGCCAAGAUAUGCAACGCAACCAAUGCCUAUUCAAUAGGGAAGUUGGCCAGGCUUACCUGCAGACCCGUAGUAUACAAGCUUCACAUUCUAUCACAAAUAGGUACAGAGGAGCCCGUCAAAAGACCUUGCAGGGCAUGCCAAGGCGCUAGAAGCACCAUCUCCCAG